AUGGAUGCUUCGCAAUUGAAAGAUGAGGCUGUUGCCGACCGAGUGCGCGCUGCGGCUGAGUUCCUGGACCCGAGUGAUCCUACAACACGAAGCUACAGAUCCGACAUCAUACUGAUGCUGCAGAAAUACCAACGAAGACUUGUAGUCAGCAUCGAUGAGGUUCGCGCCCGAAAUGCCGAGCUCGCAGAUGGGCUGCUUCAGCAGCCAUUCGAUUAUGCGCAAGCGUUCGACAGAGCGUUGAAGGAGGUCAUCCAAACACUUCCCAACACUAACUCGAAACAAGUUUCCGACGAUACCAUGUACUACUGUGCUUUCUCGGGCAGCUUUGGACAAUAUGCCUGCAAUCCACGAACGCUGUCAUCCUCCUAUCUGAACCACAUGGUUUCGCUUGAGGGCAUUGUCACCAGAUGUUCGCUCGUCAGGCCCAAGGUCAUCAAGAGUGUUCACUAUAAUGAGAAGAAGAAUAUCUUUCACUUCAGAGAAUACAAGGACCAGACCAUGACUUCUGGAGCCACCACUUCAAGCGUUUACCCACAAGAGGACGACGAGGGCAAUCCUCUCAUUACUGAAUACGGAUACUGUACAUACAGAGAUCAUCAGACCAUCUCGAUACAGGAAAUGCCUGAACGUGCACCAGCAGGACAGCUACCUCGGGGAGUGGAUGUUAUUCUGGACGACGACUUAGUAGACAAGUGCAAGCCUGGAGACAGAGUGCAGCUUGUUGGCAUCUAUCGAUCAAUGGGAAACCGAAAUGCGGGUCACAACACAGCUCUUUUCAAGACCAUAAUUCUGGCGAACAAUGUGGUUAUGUUGUCUUCCAAGUCCGGAGGGGGAAUUGCGGCAGCAACAAUCACCGAUACCGACAUUCGCAACAUUAACAAAAUUUCGAAAAAGAAGAACGUGUUUGACCUUCUCUCGCAAUCCCUUGCGCCUAGUAUCUACGGCCAUGAGCACAUCAAAAAGGCCAUUCUUUUGAUGUUACUCGGUGGACAAGAGAAGAACUUGGAGAACGGAACCCAUUUGAGAGGAGACAUCAACAUUCUGAUGGUUGGUGAUCCAUCUACCGCCAAAUCCCAAUUGCUGCGAUUCGUCCUGAAUACCGCGCCACUGGCUAUUGCAACCACCGGUCGAGGAUCCUCCGGUGUUGGUCUUACUGCUGCUGUCACUUCGGACAAGGAAACAGGAGAGCGUAGACUCGAGGCCGGAGCUAUGGUUCUCGCCGAUCGUGGUGUAGUCUGUAUCGAUGAGUUCGACAAGAUGUCCGAUAUUGAUCGAGUGGCUAUCCACGAAGUCAUGGAGCAGCAAACGGUCACGAUCGCUAAGGCCGGCAUCCACACAUCUUUGAACGCCCGUUGCAGUGUUAUCGCAGCCGCAAAUCCCAUCUUUGGACAAUAUGACACGCACAAGGAUCCUCAUAAAAAUAUUGCUCUUCCCGACUCCCUUCUUUCCCGUUUCGAUUUACUCUUCGUUGUCACAGAUGAUAUCGAUGAUGCACGCGAUCGUCAAAUCUCCGAGCACGUGCUGAGAAUGCAUCGAUACCGACAACCGGGUACAGAAGAAGGUGCACCAGUUCGCGAACAGUCUCAGCAAACCUUGGGCGUUGGUGUGGAGCAAGAAGCUGAUGCAAACCGUCCAACCGAUGUUUUUGAGAAGUACAACCAAAUGCUUCACGCUGGUGUAACAAUCACCACUGGUAAAGGCGCAAACAAGAAGGUCGAGGUUUUGAGUAUUCCUUUUGUGAAAAAAUACAUCCAAUACGCCAAGUCCAGAAUAAAGCCCGUCUUGACCCAAGAAGCUGCUGAGAGAAUUAGCGAGAUCUAUGUGUCCCUCAGAAAUGAUGACAUGCAAGGAAACCAGAGAAAGACUAGUCCCAUGACUGUCCGUACGCUUGAGACCAUCAUUCGUCUCUCCACGGCUCAUGCCAAGUCUCGCCUAUCCAGCCGUGUGGAGGAGCGAGAUGCUAUCGCCGCUGAAGCUAUCCUGCGGUUUGCUCUGUUCAAGGAAGUUGUUGAGGAUGAGAGUAGAACCAAGCGCCGUAAGACCAGACCUCUUGAAGGUCUGUCUUCAGACGAGGAAAGUUCUGACGAUUCCGACUCGCCACCACCAACGACCCGGGCAGGAACGUCUAGAACUAGAACUCCGGGAACGGCACGAACUCGUAGUCUCGCCAACGGGAGAAGGGGCGGUCAAAAUGGCUCUAGCUCUCGAACAAACGGCGACAAUGGUGGCGAUGCAAUCUCUGAAGAUGAAGAGGACGAUCUUUACUCUGCAUCUCCUGCGCGUACAACCACCCAACGCUCUACACGAUCCCGCCCGAAUGGAACUAACGGGACCAACGGAGCGGCUGACUCGCAGACCUCUUUCGCUUCCUCGCUGCCUGCGUCCCAAAUUCAAACCCAGUCCCAGUCACAAGAAGAGGAUACCGAACUUGCAGAUGGCACAGCUGCACUUCGCAUUGCAGGGACAGUAACUCCCGAAAGGUUGUUGGUUUUCAGAAAUACGCUUGGUCAACUUUUGAACACGCCACUGUUUCAAGAUGACACUGCCUUGGUUGCCAACGUCAUUGCUGCGGUCAAUAGAAGUAUUGGAGGAGAUGCUGGGGGUGCCUUCAGUGACGCUGAGGCGAUGGCUGCGUUGAAGGCGAUGGAUGCUGUGAACAACAUCAUGUACCCCGACGGAGAUAUCGUGUACAAGAUCUAG